UGGGGAAGGAGAGGGUGAUGGGGAAGCUUGGUGCCAGGGUGACCCUGAAUCUCUUGGUUUCUGCCUCUAGGCCCUCCAUGUAGCCACCGAGCACCCACUCUGAGCUGGACACGGCUCGGAGGCGGGGAGUCCACAGACAAAUGACGCACAGUCCCCCGCUCCUGGAGAAAGACCUCCCAGUGCCUGGGUCCUUGCCUCCUGCCAUCCUCCGCUCCCUUACCCGCUGAGCCCUCACCCCGCUUCUCUGAACCCCUGUCUCUUUUGCCCCUCUGACUUCGUUCUGGUCGAAACCAGACUCCGCAGUGUGUGUGCUCCCAGAGGGAAGCGACACAAAGGAAGGGGGAGGCAGAAAGGAGGGAAUCCCGCUGACAUCACUGCUCAUUAGCAUGUGUGACCUCAUCAGGGGGCGGGACAAUUUCCCCAGGUGUGGGGGGGAGGAGGGCAUGGGGGUGGUAUUUAAGGGAAAAGCUGACAGUGCUGCUGAGUGAGGGAGUGGGUACUGCAAGCCGCGGGGCUGCACACGCACACACACACGCACACCGAUGCACACGGACCUUGACACCGACAUGGACACGGACACAGAAACCACAGCACUCUGCCCCUCCGGCAGCCACCGGGCCUCCCCCCCAGGGACACCCACACCAGAAACAGAUGCCUCACUGCUGAAGAAGACAGAGAAGCUGUUGGCAGGGUUGGACCGGGGUGGGCCACCUCCUGCCCCAGGGGCCCCCAGACGAAGAGGCAGUAUGCCUGUCCCCUACAAGCACCAGCUGCGGCGCGCCCAGGCCAUAGAUGAACUUGACUGGCCACCUCAAGCCUCAUCCUCUGGUUCCUCUGACUCCUUGGGCUCAGGGGAGGCAGGCCCCACCCAAAAGGAUGGCAUCUUCAAGGUCAUGCUGGUAGGGGAGAGCGGCGUGGGCAAGAGCACCCUAGCAGGCACUUUCGGUGGUCUCCAGGGAGACAGUGCUCAUGAGCCGGAGAACCCAGGUAUUUGGGGGAGCCCUGUAAGGGUUAAGGGCACCUGUGGAGCCCUAGUCAGGGAUGGAAGAGCUCAAGGCAUGAGCAGCCCCUGGAGGCCAGAACCUAAGAGAAAUUGCUCCAGUGCUUGCUGCAGCUACCUCCCUGGAGGGGGUGCCCCUGGUUACCAGGUCUCACAAGUGUUGGGGAGCCUCCUAACGGGCUCUAUUCCCUGUCCUUAUUUCCCAACAGAGGACACCUAUGAAAGACGCAUCAUGGUGGAUAAGGAGGAAGUGACUCUAGUUGUUUAUGACAUCUGGGAACAGGGGGACGCAGGGGGGUGGCUGCGGGACCACUGCCUUCAGACCGGGGAUGCCUUUCUCAUCGUCUUCUCGGUCACCGACCGACGGAGCUUCUCCAAAGUUCCAGAGACCCUACUUAGGCUGCGGGCUGGGAGGCCCCACCACGACCUCCCUGUCAUCCUCGUUGGAAACAAGAGCGACCUGGCCCGCUCCCGGGAGGUCUCACUGGAGGAGGGCCGGCACCUGGCAGGCACCCUGAGCUGCAAGCACAUCGAGACGUCGGCCGCGCUGCACCACAACACGCGGGAGCUCUUCGAGGGCGCGGUGCGCCAGAUCCGGCUGCGGCGGAGCCGGAGCCGCGCCGGGGACCCGCGGCCCGAGUGGGGCUGCCCCGACGGCCCCCCGCCGCCCGCGCGCCGCGAGAGCCUCACCAAGAAGGCCAAGCGCUUCCUGGCCAACCUGGUGCCGCGCAACGCCAAGUUCUUCAAGCAGCGCUCCAGGUCGUGUCACGACCUCUCCGUGCUCUGAGCCGCGGUCGCCAUGGUCACCGCGGUCGCCAUGGUCACCGCGCCCUCCGCUCGCCCCCUCGCCCCGCCCCGCCCCCCGUCCGGCUUCCUCUGCGAAGACCGUCUAGGAAACCAAAAACGCCCAGGGCGCCCAGCCGCCGGCGCGCGUCGCCCCCAGCCCCGCCACCGCGCGUGCCCUGGCUACCUCCCCGCCCCUGAGCGCCUAGAAAGCGAGGACGCAGACCUGCGGGCGGGCGCGCUGCGGCCGGAGGGCCAGGCGGCUUCUGGAGGGCAGGACGGGCUAUAGUUCCGCGAGCCAUUUUGACUUUUAUUAAGUCACGCUUGACCACCUCUCCUGUAAAGAGAUCCUAAAAGCGAGAACUGGAAAGUGCUUUGUAGACCCCUUUCCAGUUCACCUUUGUACUCUGCGCCGAUACGCCUCACCUUUAAGAAAUCCUUAAAGGUAAAGACACGGAGACGCUUCUUUGAGACUUCUCCUAAAACGUGCUGGCUCUUAGUUGCUGCACUUGUCCACUUUGCCUUUAAGAAGUUUUUAAAGGCAAGGGCCUGGAAGUGCUAUUUUUCAGAAUUGAUUCUGUGAUUCACCACCACACCGCGGCACUUCCCUUUUAAGGUUAUUAAAGGUAAGGUUUGGACAGACUUUUGCCUUCAGAUGCCAUUGUGAAGAGCUGAGCAGGUGGCACCGCCCCUUUUGGCCAGGGCCCAGGAGGCCCCAGCAAGGAAGCCACCCUUCCCUUUUCAA